AUGAUGGACGAGGAGAAUCUAUGGCAGCAGAUGCUACGCGAUUGCUCUGUGCGCUCCAAGCUGCCGGUAGUUAAUCUACUACUCGUAGGUGACGCUGAAUGCGGUAAAUCUGCGCUACUCUCUCGUCUGGAUGAGGCCAAACGUGGCCCCUCACAGACUACGAAUGAGACGCACACAGUCGACACUAUACUGGCCUUUAAGACGUUGGACGUACUGGACCCACACGCUAAGGAGAGCGGAGACGAUGCGUCAGAGGAUGUGAUGGCACAUAUUUGUACGUGGAGUUUAAACGAUUUAACUCUUGAGGACCUCAUUAAGAUUGCGAUAAAACCCCAGACACUACAAAAGACGGUAGUGGCCAUAGUGUUGGAUCUGUCACGUCCGUGGACGAUCAAGAGCUCGCUGGAACAGUGGCUAUCGGCUCUAGAAGGUCAGCUUUUGGAACAAAUCAAUCAGCUGACAUCUGAGGAAAGAAAUGAGCUGUAUGCGUCUCUUAAGCAGCACAUUUUGACCUAUGAAGAUCCGAGUGUCGAUCACUCUGCACCGGUGCCUAUGGACACGUCUACGAAUGAGUUUUUGGCAGAAGGCGUGCUUUCCAAAAAUAUAGGCGUACCACUUGUGAUCAUUGUGGCUAAGGCAGAUCUACGUCCGGAAAACUCAGUGAAGAUGGACUAUAUCGAGUAUACGCUUCGACAGUUUGCACUUCGAUACGGCGCGCCGGUAGUGUUUACAUCUGCAAAGACUGGCUCGAAUGUGGACACACUCCGCAAGUAUAUCCUGCACCGUGCUUAUUCGUGCCAGUUCAAAUUCACGGAGCCACCGCAACUGGUGGACCGCAACAGCAUCUUCAUCCCGUCUGGCUACGACUCGUUCGAGUUGAUUAACCAGAGUCUUGUGGGCUCACAGGCUCGUUGGCCAAUUGACAAACCUUUCGAAAAAAUCGUCACAGCUCCGGCAGAAGACACUGACGAUGCUGCUUUACUGCUCGCUGCUGAUGUCCGAGUCGACAACCACGAGCAGUGGCUUGAGAAACUGGAAAAGGCCGCAGGCGCGGGUCUGGAAGAGUUGCAAAAGCAAAGUAUUGAAGCGAGCAAAAAGGCAGAACAGGCAGCUGUCGCUCGCCGCGCGGCUGCUGAUCGCCGAAAGCGUGAAGAGAAGGAUGUCAGCUCUAAACAUCUCCAGAACUUUUUUAAUAACCUACUGAGUCGACCAGAGAAGACAAGAUCAUCUCGGUCGAUGAGUGAUAAAAAGAAGGAAAAGAGUGACAUGCCGUCGGGUGAAGAGGAGGUGAAGCCCACGGUUUAG